GCGCGAGGCCUCGAGCCCGUGCAUAACAAGGCCCCCCCCUCCCCCCGCUCGAGCGCGCGGGCCCAACCCGGGCCCCGUCUCGCACUCUGCCCGCGUCCUCCCCUCGGCGUCUCGCCCUCGUCAGUCGUCGUCGUCGUCAAACCUUGUCCCUCCCUGCGAUUGACGACGAUCACAAGACGCACCUCCUCCUCUUCCUCCUCGUCGUUAAUGGCAUGGACCCAGGAGUAGAAGCUACCGCUGUGGGGGAUGUGCUGCCCCCUCACCUGCAGGCCCCUCGCAGGCCUGGCCUCGGCACGGUGGGAAAGCACAUCAAGCUUCUGGCAAACUACUUUGAGGUGGACAUCCCAAAAAUCGAGGUGCAUCACUACGACCUGGACAUCAAGCCCGAGAAAUGUCCUCGAAGAGUCAACAGGGAGGUCGUGGACUACCUGGUCAACCGCUCCAAUGUGCAGUUUUUCCGGGAUCGCAAGCCGGUGUUCGAUGGCCGGAAAAACCUGUACACGGCGAGUGCACUGCCCGUCGGAAGAGACAAGGUGGAACUUGAGGUGACGCUGCCGGGCGAGGGCAAGGACCGUGUGUUCAAGGUGGCGCUCAAGUGGGUGGGCUACGUGAGCUGGCACGCGCUGCACGACGCGCUCGCGGGCCGCAUCAUGCAGGUUCCCCAGGACCCUGUACAGGCGGUGGACGUCGUGCUACGACACCUGCCCUCCAUGCGAUAUACGCCGGUCGGACGCUCGUUCUUCUCGUCCCCCGAGGGAUACAGCCACCCAUUGGGUGGUGGCCGCGAGGUCUGGUUCGGUUUCCACCAGUCUGUGAGGCCGUCCAUGUGGAAGAUGAUGCUCAACAUUGAUGUGUCGGCCACGGCGUUUUACAAGGCUCAGCCGGUGAUCGAGUUCAUGUGCGAGGUGCUGGACAUCCGUAACAUCGACGAACAGCCCAAGCCACUCACCGACUCCCAGCGCGUAAAGUUCACGAAAGAGAUCAAAGGCCUCAAGGUCGAGAUCACGCACUGUGGGCAAAUGAAACGCAAGUACAAGGUGUGCAAUGUGACGCGGAGACCUGCCAGCCACCAGACGUUCCCUCUGCAGCUGGACACGGGCCAAACGGUGGAGUGCACGGUGGCACACUACUUCCGCGACCGGCACAAGCUACAGCUCAAGUACGCACACUUGCCCUGCCUGCAGGUCGGCCAGGAGCAGAAACACACCUACCUGCCUCUCGAGGUGUGUAACAUCCUGGCGGGACAGCGCUGCAUCAAGAAGCUCACCGACAACCAGACGUCCACCAUGAUCAAAGCCACGGCUCGCUCAGCCCCCGAUCGGCAGGACGAGAUCAGCAAGCUGAUGAAGAACGCUAGCUUCAACGUGGACCCGUACGUGCAGGAGUUUGGCCUGCGGGUGCGUGACGACAUGACGGAGGUGACAGGCAGGGUGCUGCCUGCUCCGAUGCUGCAGUACGGAGGCCGGAGCCGGGCUGUAGCGACGCCCAGCCAGGGAGUGUGGGACAUGCGGGGAAAGCAGUUCUACUGCGGCACGGAGAUCCGUGUUUGGGCCAUCGCCUGCUUCGCCCCACAGCGCCAGUGCCAGGAGGAUGUGCUCAAGGGCUUCACGGAUCAGCUGCGGCGAAUCUCUAAAGACGCGGGAAUGCCCAUCCAGGGCCAGCCGUGCUUCUGCAAGUACGCCCAGGGCACGGACAGCGUCGAGCCCAUGUUUCGCCACCUCAAGAACACCUACAUGGGCCUGCAGCUCAUCGUGGUGGUGCUGCCUGGCAAGACGCCUGUUUACGCGGAAGUGAAGCGUGUGGGAGACACGCUGCUCGGCAUGGCGACGCAGUGCGUGCAGGUGAAGAACGUGCUCAAGACGUCGCCGCAGACGCUCUCCAACCUCUGCCUCAAGAUCAACGUGAAGCUCGGCGGGGUCAACAACAUCCUCGUGCCGCAGCAGAGGCCGGCCGUGUUCCACCAGCCCGUGAUUUUCCUGGGCGCGGAGGUCACUCAUCCUCCUGCCGGUGAUGGGAAGAAGCCUUCCAUCGCCGCCGUUGUGGGCAGCAUGGACGCCCACCCGAGCCGCUACUGCGCCACGGUGCGCGUUCAGCACCACCGGCAGGAGAUCAUCCAGGACCUGGGCACCAUGGUGCGUGAGCUGCUCAUCCAGUUCUACAAGUCGACGCGCUUCAAGCCGACGCGCAUCAUCUUCUACCGCGACGGCGUCUCCGAGGGCCAGUUCCAGCAGGUGCUGUUCCAUGAGCUGCUGGCGAUCCGCGAUGCUUGCAUCAAGCUGGAGAAGGACUACCAGCCCGGCAUCACCUACGUCGCUGUACAGAAGCGACACCACACGCGGCUCUUCUGCGCCGACCGAAACGAGCGGAUCGGGAAGAGCGGUAACAUUCCGGCAGGAACGACGGUCGACACGAAAAUCACGCACCCCAGCGAGUUUGACUUCUACCUGUGCAGCCACGCGGGGAUCCAGGGCACAAGCCGCCCCUCCCACUACCACGUGCUGUGGGACGACAACCGCUUCUCUGCGGACGAGCUGCAGGUGCUCACCUACCAGCUGUGCCACACGUACGUGCGCUGCACGCGCUCCGUCUCCAUCCCCGCGCCCGCCUACUACGCCCGCCUCGUCGCCUUCCGCGCGCGAUACCACCUGGUGGACAAGGAGCAUGACAGCGCUGAGGGGAGCCACGUGUCCGGCGCGAGCAACGGGCGUGACGCGCAGGCGCUGGCCAAGGCUGUGCAGGUUCACGUGGACACUCUGAGGACCAUGUACUUCGCCUGAAGGCCGGCGGGGCGGGGCGGAGCGCCCGGAGCGAGCCGGGCCCCCGCCACCCGCAAGUAUCGCUCGCUCGCCACCGACGCCCCCAGCACUCGCGCCAGCGGUGGCCGGCACCCUCAACCUCUCAUCCGUCCGCCCAUUAGCCCGUUCGCUCGUUCGCUCGGUGGCACGUUCCCUCCCGGAGGUCGUGUCCCGCAGUGUGGUGGGAGGGGGGGGCGGUGGUCUGAGCACGAGUGCCAACCCGCUCGCCUCCUGUGCUCGCCCCGACGUGCGCCAUUUACUUGGGGAAUUACUCGGCGCUUUCUCAUGGAUGAGCGGCAGGGGGCGGGUUGAGGGGCGGGGAGGGUGUGUAGUGGCAGCAAACAAUUCUCACUAUGGAGACCGUGCGCACUCACCCCCCGAGAAUCGCCGCAUACGAAAUGCAAGAUCUUUUUAUUGCGUUAAUCGACGAUUGCAAAGUUUGUGUGACAUUGAUUAUAAACUAACAGCGGCAAUGGUGUUACAUUUGCAGAACUGUAUCCAUUGAAGUUUUUUGGACGAAUUGUUUGAUGUCAAGCAUGGCUUAAUACUGUUUAAGAAUCUGAAAUUAGAAUAGCAAUGUAACAUUUAUUUUUGAUGUUCAAAAAAAACCUAAACAGAAUUUUUUAAAAUGUCAUCUCUAUAGUGAGGAUUGAUUUAAAAUUUGUUUUUAUUGUUCCACAAAUUUCCACCCGGUUAUUAUUCUUUUUUUCUUCCCAUUGCCAUUCGUUGUGGCCACUGACUGAUAAAAAAAAUCUGAUUCUUCUAAGAGAGAGCGAUUUGCUUCCCCGUUCCACAAGCAUCGGUUAAUCGAUAAGCGGAACGAUAAUGUAGUCAUGCCUUGUUUUUACACCAGUGCUUCUCUGUCUCUCGGCAGAGAGUGUUUGUGAAGACCGGUUACCCUGCGGUUAGAUUGGCUUCUGCCAACCAAUGGGGCAGCUCGCAUGGAAUCCAUUAUCGCGAACCGGAGAGUUGUAUAGAACCGCAGCUUGGUUUAGAUUCCUACCUGAACCAGGCUGCGGUCUUUUGGGCCAACAAACAUCAUGGGGAAAAUACGGAUAUAAAGCAAUCUUCAUUGGUCCAGGUUAACGGAUCAUUUGCUGGUGAAACCAGGUGUAGAGAUGGCAAUGCUUCGUGUAUGUGUGUUGAAAUUCUUUCGCAUCGUACAUAGCCAAUCGUGCUAAUCGGAGGUGCCGGGAAGGACAAUAAGCGAAACAUAAAAGAAAUGAGUUUUCAAUUUAGAUUUAAAGGGCGUCGCUCCAGUGGCUUCCGAAUAUCGGAAGAAAGAACGUUCCAGACGACCGCAGAAGCGCAUCUGAAAGCUUGCGAUGCGGUGACUGUCUUUGUUCGAUGGUUAGCCAAAAUCCGCUGCUACGAGGAUGACCGCGGUUUUUCGUGAUGGUUAUGCUCCUUGACAAGCAUAUAGGUACCUCCUGGUAUUUGUCAACAGUGGGGCAUCGAUUGGUCGGAAGAUUGUGAGCAGCGGGGUCUGUGUGGUCGGUGUUGCACUUAGUUUAAUGCAUGUUCCAGCUGGCCGAGGCUCAUGUUUGGAGGCACUGGGGGGGGGGCAUUUGCGAUUCGUUCAUAACGGGCGUGAUUGGCAAUGGGACUUUAGGGACUGUGGCCAAAUCCAGAGUUUUCCGUGAAUUUGUUUUAGAUGGGAAAAAAAUCAACAAAAAAUGCAAACACAAAAACGAGUAACAAAGUAGUUUGUACAAUGUUAUUUAGUGUUAGGGAUAUUUAAACAAAAAUGGCUUGGUCAUAGCUGUUAAAGGUGCUGAAACUAAGGAAAUCGAGGGUAGUGUAAUUGAACAAAGUACUUUUCCUUCCCAAUGAAAACACUUUUAUUGUAAGAUAUAUAACUUUUAAAUGACACGAAUGCUGUAAGUCUACAGGCACGUUUUAGUAAUGUUGAGUCAUUGAACGAGGUACUAGUUUUGUAUUGAAUGGUCUUUUUUAUCGGUGUUUGUAAUGUGAACGAGUAGCUUGGUGGGGUUUCCAUGUCACUACAGUUCAACGCUCAGAAUAACAGGUGCCCAACAUUACCUAUCAUUAAAUAGAGCACUUGUACACUUCAGUUUUAUGAAUAUUCACCGACACAUUUUUUUCUGCCUCUUAAAAGAAAAAAAACUGUAGGAAAAAUAUAUAGGUGAUGAGGUUUUUUAAAUCAGUGGGCUACUUUUUCUUGAGAAGGCAUCAUUCUGCUUGGGAACAGAUUUGUCGCUCUUGCGUACAGGUUUUUGUAUUUUAAUACGCCGCCAGGUUUAUCAUGAGCUACUAGAAUGUACAGCACUAAAGUUGUUGCAGCAUCUACGUACGCCGUGAACACGUGGUUUUGCCAUUGUGGAGCGAAAUCCGCACCACGGUCCAUGUCAAAUUACUGCCGGACACACACGGCUGUGAUGUGGGUGCACAUUAACGACUGGGCAUUAUUCUGGGGAAAUUGUAUUUCAUUUUUUUCUUUCUUUCUAAAUUUGACCCCACUUUAAAAUGUACAAAAUCCCAAAAAUUUGCUCCCAACAAAUCUGAUGUUUUAUUACUAAACAUGAAAGUGGAAGACAAGCCGAAUGCUAUGCACUUAAAACAAACCCUGGAACACGACACCAUGCUUGUCUGAAAGCCAGCUCGUAAAAGUAAUGUUCGUUGAUAACAUUUCGAACUGAAAAUGAGCUGGGAUUGUACUUUGACGAGAUCAAGGCUCCAGGCUGAGCGCACUGUUUUCCUAAAAACGGUCGCAAUAUGAGAGUCCUUAUGAGCCUCAUCGUAAGAAUCCUUCACGAUGACGCUCAUCGUAAGAUCGUCAUCGCCGCGUGUAGCCUCUCGCGCGUUUAUGCCGGUGUCUGGGUGCAUCCGUCGCGGGCUUCUCAUCCUGGGGAGCUCUUUCACACGUGACUGAUGACAGCGCUCGUUAAAAUUUGCAUGCUGGGUCUUAAAAUGGCAAACCGCAAGAAGAACGAGCAGAUUAACGUGCUCGUAAUCGGUUUUUUUAAAUCAGAUUUUUGCUAUGGCCUCAAACUGGUAAACAUUUAAAUUGGACGAUGGGCAUCUUGCUCGGUGUGAGGAAAGAAAGUGUGUCGAGUCACGUCUGGGUUCAUUCAUGUCUGGAUGGUUUUCAGAAAGCAGAGGGGUAUGCUGUUGCGUCGGAGUGACUGUGUCGGGGAGUGGUGCGUUUUGGCGGCUCGCGUCUCCACGUGGCUGUAUGCUCGAGCCUUGAGUCCUGUGUGUGCACGUGCGUUUACAACCGCAUUGCCUAGUCCCGGUCAGGUUCGUUGGAAGCAUAAACUGGCUGCGACUGGGGCCCAGGUCGACGGCAGUUGAAUAAAAAUGUAAAGGGAGAAACGCUGAGUAAUAUUUUAUCUCAUCAAAUGUUAACAUAGUGCUUAACCGGCAUCGCUGAGAUCUGGACUUCAAUUUUGGGAAAUCAUCUAUGAAUAAAUUAGGUGAUUAAUUGCAACAAGUUUAUUGUUUCGGCCUGGUCACAAUGAUAGCACAAACUCAGAUGAGUUUUUUGUUGUUGCUUAAUUUGGCCGAAUACAGAUUUUCACAUUUGGUUUGAUUAACAUGUGAUAAGCACUCUUUCCAAGGCAUGUACAUAGUUGUGCCCCUAAAUGUUGUUGAAGAGGCCCACUGUAGUGACUUCAGAAUUAGUUACGUGAUGUCAUCUUCCGAGGCUGCUCUUUAACAUGGCGCUGCACUGUUAGCCCCGCGGGUAUUCCCGAUGAAAAUCAUCUUCGCGUAAUCGGGUGAGCUCUUUAAUUACAAGAUAAAUCAGUCGCACAUUACACCACACAUCCAGUUGGUUGCACUUGUACAAGUCUUUGUCGCACCUUUUAAGAGGAGGCAAACGUUUGGUGAGGUUCGGGGUAUCCUAUCAACAAUCUGUGUACACAAUCACCGCCAUCAGGAGUAUUGAGGAAAGAUGUGAACAUGGCACUUUAUUGAAGGAUGCAAUUUACAAUAUUUACACUCUGAAACAUACUCUUUACAUCUGGGAUGAAAUGGAAAUGGAACAACUGGUGUUGCAUAACUAAAUCGACAGUGCUCAUGUCAGAGUUUUUAUUCCUGUAUAACCCAGAGCCGGUUAGCACUGUCAUGGCACCAUUUGCCAAAUAAUUUGUGAUUUCCAAUUGAAAGUGAACAGCCAAUUGAAUUCUCAGAAAUGCACUCGUAUUCUCUUUUAAACCUACCGUUCCUAAGUACUGCCAGCUUUGGCAAAGUCCGAUUUUUUUUUUAAAUAACCACAAUAAUGCUUGUUUUAUUUCCCCAAACGUCAAUGCACUUAUUCUAUGUUACCACAAGCACGCAAAGGUGGAAGUUUGCUUCAGAAUAAUACAAAUGCUCACCAUUUGUUGUGAGUUUCUUCUCAAGGAGCUGCCCACAAAGGCGUUUUGGCUACUCUUGUUAUGCACUUAAGUUGUCAGGAAAUGUGUUCAAUCUUUGUCUGUUACAGGUAGAGGAUAAUUCAUUAAAAAAAAAUGCUCUCAUUAAUAACAAGUGUCACUGAGUUACAUGUCUCGUUUCCAGGAGGUUACUACAUUGGGUUGUUUGAGAAAUUUAAUUUUAACAUAAAUUUAUUUGAAUUGAACCUUGACAUUUGACGUGUUUAAAUGUGUAUGUUAUUGAUAUGAAAUUUCACAAUUCCACUGGGAACGUCUGCCAUGAAAUAUUGUACACUUAAAAACAAAACAAGGGCAAGGGUCACAGUGGUGCAGUGGAUAUGGCUGUUUUUGCCCCCCCUGUUGGAGGGUCUGUAGUGAUCCAUGGGUGGGCUCGACACAGGAUGCAUGCAACAAUUUACCCGCAACAAGUGACUCUAUGAACUGUCGCCAAUAUUCCGAGGUCAGGAUUUGAUCAAAUAAUCUGUGCUUGUGUCGCGUUUUCACCCUCGUUAGUAUUUUCUCAAUUGCACAUUUGGGUCCGCACCAUGAAGCCUGAACAUAACAUCAGAAAAAAAAUUGCAUUCAUUGCAAAUCAUCUGUUCUGCCAAUCACGGGUUCGGUGCAUGUAUCAUGAGUGUAAGAAAAUGUUUUAAUCGAUGCAUCAUUAUAUUCCUACUGCACUGGGGUUCUUGAUGGCUAGGGUUAUGGUUAGGGGCCCUGCAACAACUACCAUUAACCCUUCACCCCCCCCCCCCCCCACUCACAACCAUUCGAGACCUGUCCCAGGGAACCAACAAACCAACUGGAUUUAAUGCCUUACCAUGGAACUGCUCCUGAGGGCCGUAUCGUAAGAGUCCUGUACUGGAACGCACUUGGCCAACGGUCGGUCACGUUUACAUGUUUUCGCUCGUGCCAUUCCCCCAGCUGGCGGCGGGCAUGUUUGCGUCGAGGUGGUAAAUCUGUGAGCUCUGAACGGAACGGCCGUGGAGUGGCGUGGAAUGACUCGGGCCCGUCUGCAUGGUCAUUCGUUCACACAUGCCUUUUUGCUAACUCUGCAAUAGCUUAUCACGGAUGGGUGUCCCCUUCCUUGGCUUAGGCCUGCGUGGGGCAGUACCCAUUGAGACCUUCCCAGGGCAGGAUGGGGUCACUCCUGAGCCAGUAGGGGAAAUUCCGCUUUCCCAUAGCGGCCUCGAGGCAUGUAACGAUUUUACCUUUGUGGUUAGACGAAUUGUCAGGAUAUGGAGUCGCGAUUUAAAUUUAACAUGAUGUUAACAACACCUCCAGUGGCUGUGCAGGGUUCAAGUGAAAACCCAGUUGCAUACAACUUGUACAAAUAAAAGAAAGUGGUUUGUGUUUACACGCACGAUUCAAUGCAUACAUUGCGAGCUUAAGAAUCUUAUUUAAAUCGAUGAAUUGAUGCGUCGUUAACGUGCCUGGCAGCCAUCGUUAUCUCAGCAGGACUGCGACUGUAAAACUUCUUAUCUCAAUUACAGUGUCAGGAGUUGGUACGUUGUUUUUAACCAAACCUGGUUUAAUGAUGAACAUGAUGGUGAUGGAGCGCAGUCGACCAUGAAUGGGAUCCAGACUUAUUUUCUCAGUUACAGUACUGGAAGCCUUCCUGCGCAAUGAACCACGUUAAAUGCGAACUUAAUGAGAUCUAUUAAAAUUUAUAUAUAUUUUACAAAUACUUUAAUAAGGCAUGAUACUUUUAUAGAAGCACCCGGUAUGACAUGACAUGGGCAGAUGUACAAGUGUGUAUAUCAGCUCUUGACAUUCUAAUUGUCUCCUUAUUAAAAAUACUUUUUCUUGAAUUAUGAUUAAAAUAUUCAAAAGGAAUUUUUUUUAUAAUGACCAUUAUAAUUAUAUAACACUCUUCGGUAGUAUUAUCUGCAGUUGUUCUAGUGAUUGAGAAUUUGUUAAAUGAACAAUGUAUUCAAUUGUAUACAAUAAUACUUUUAAACAAACAUGCAGGUAGUCAUACUCUUAGUUUUUUCGGUAAU